AUGGUAAAAAUUAUCAAAGAUCCAUUUGAAAGUCCUAAUACAAAACUAAUGGCUUUAAAAGUAUAAUUCAGCCUUAAAUUAGUUAAACAAAGAACUUGUAGAAACAUUUAAUAGCAAUUAUAUUUAUGCACUCUAGAAAACGUUAUUGCCCUUAUUUGAAGAAAUUGCAAAAUACAAAUAUACAUCAGAUGACCCCGACAGAGGAGUAACCUAUUUUUUAAACGGUGAAUAUCCAAACUCAGGUUUAAUCAAUGAAAAUAUUGUUAGAUAAUAGAGAUUUGCAAGUUACUGGAGAAUAAUUUUUUAGAGUAGUAUUGGAAUGUAUAAGAGUAUGGAGCAGAUGGUUUCCUUUAGACUACCAAUCAUACUAUUUAAGUUCUUUUAAGAUUGCUUAUGAAAAACUUGUAAAGCUAGGGGUAAAAUUUCCAAAAAUCAGUUAUUUUGAAAAUAUUCAGCAGAAUAUUCCUCAUUAAUUAAUACCUUUAUCUAUGAUUAUUUAGUUAAGAGAACUACUCAAAAAUCAAGUUAAUCUCUCAACUAAAUAAAUUAGAAGCUAUCUGGCCAUGAAUCCGGCCCAUCUCUUUUAUUAACAUAAAUAUACUACAUAUAGUGAUUUUUUUUAUUAGAUUAAAAGCAAAAAUCCUAUUUAAAGAAAAAAAGUUUUAAGAAAGGCAACAUUUCUGUUAGAGAAAGAAUUUGAAAAUCUUGAGAAUAUGAAAAAGGAUCCCUAGUAUAAUCCUAUCUCAUCAGGUACAUUGUAGAUUGAAAUUCUAUGUCUGCAAAAUCUAUAUAAUGCUUUAUCAAUGAAGGUUCCAGAUCUUCAAACCUAAGUUAUCCAAUUACAAAACAAAGUUGUUAGUUUAGAAAAACAGCUUUUAGACAGAGAAUAAAAAAUAAAUGAAUUACAAAAUGAAAUAUAGCAAUUAUAAAAACAAUUUUCUCUCAACAUUAAUUAAUUUUUAACUUCUAAUGAUUUAUCGAAUAGUCAAUUAUUUCAAACCGAUGUAAAAUUAAUUAUUAUAAUUAGGUUACAAAAUUGAAAUUACAUUUUGGACUUUACGAUUAAAGUUAUGAAAUAGAUAAAUUGAAGUCUCUUGUAUAUAAAUCCGAUUUUAAAAUUGAAGAAUUAAAUGAAAAAUUAGAUGAAACUAUCAGAAAAAAAAAUUAAUUGUACGAAGAAAAUAAAACUUUAAACUAAACAAUUUUAGUUUUGGAGAGGAGACUUAUAUAAAAUACUAACCAACCUAUUUUAUCAACUCAACAAUGUUUAAGUGAGUAUAGACCCAACACUAUGACUAACAUAAGCUAAACAGGUACCGUGGCUUCAAAAAAAUAAAAAAAUUCUGGAUUUCAAAACUCUUUGUUAUUAUCAUUAAGACAAUAAGUCCUCGGAUAGUAAUUUUAUAUCAAGGCUUUAUAAAACCAAUUAAUUAAGUUUGAUAAAUUUCUAUUACAUUCUGGUCAUACUAAUUCUGUACUCUCUUAUAAUACAGCAUCCACUUAAUAUAAAGGUAAUUAUAUUAAUCCCUAUCUAAAGUCCCUAUGUAUUCUCCAAAAUCUUACUCUUAACCUAAAUCAAGAGGGUCAAAGGAAAUAACAUCCCCGUUUGUUGAUUAUGAUGGAAAGAUUUUUGCAAUACUUCCUGAUGCAUUUACAGUCAAAUUUAGGUAAUCCUGCUUGCUUAAAAAAUCCAUUUUAUAUUCUGAUGACAAUCUAUAAAUUGGAGUUCAAACCAGCUUAUAAGCAAAUUAAUAACUCUUAAUUAAUGUAGUUUUACAUAAUAGAACCAAAGAACAACUACAUAAUUUGGGCAUUGCUUAUUAAAAAUCUCAGAAUCUAUAAUUUUAGGCAUACCCUGCUAAUAUUUAAUAAUCUAUUAAAGGAAAUGAAUAAGUAUCCUAAAAAGUAUUCAUAUCAUUUGAAUAACUUCCAUAUUAAUUGUUAGAAUUUUAAAUUAAUUAUAAAGUAUAGACAUAACUUCAUAGCAUAAAUCUUUGUCUUCCUUGCACAGUCAAUAAAUUUUUCAACUUUUUAGAAGUUCCAUAAGAAUGUCCCUAAUCGUAUUUUUAUAAUAGUAAAAUCUUUUAAACAAGUUUUUAAAAUUAAAUAGGACAUCUGUUACCUGAUUUUUAAAUAAAUCAAAUUAAUGAGUAAUUUGUUGAAGCUUUUGCAAGAAUUUAAAUUGAAAAAUCUAUAUUUUUGAUUUCAAUCUCCUCUAAAAACAAUCAAAUGUAAAUUAAAUUGAAUGGAAACUAUUCCGAUAAAUUAGUGGAAUGCAUCGUAUCAACCUAUUAAGGGCUGUUUAUGAAGAGAUGA